AUGGCCGAGCAAACAGUAGUCUUCAUCUCUGGAACUAGUUCAGGAAUUGGAAAGGCACUGGCCGAAUACUACCUGGCGAAACCCAACCACACCGUCAUCGGAAGUAUCCGUAACAGCAGCGCUCCCUCUGUAGCAGAGUUGAAGUCAUUCAAGCCUGCAAGCGAUUCCAGCCUUCUCCUCGUCCAUAUCGAAAGCACAUCUACCGACGACCCAAAGAAAGCAUUGGUCGCUAUCGAAGAAGCGGGUAUCAAACACAUCGAUAUCGUCUAUGCCAAUGCAGGAGGCAGUCCACCCGUCGUAGCUCUGGAAGACGUUCCUGUCGCGGACUUCCUUUCCAGUUUCCAGACCAACGCUCUCGCUCCUCUAGUACUGUUCCAAACUCUCAGACCACUGCUUCAGAAAUCAAAGGCUCCAAAGUGGGCUUCCAUAAGCUCCAUCAGCGGUUCUAUUGGUAUGAUGGGUACUUUGGGUACUCAUAUUACUGUUGCUUAUGGUGCUUCCAAAGCUACUUUGAAUUGGUUGACACGGUAA